UCCAGUAUCUCUUUUUUCAGUCUUGGGGCUUUUUUAAAAGAGCCAGUAGUCUCAAUGUUGGACGUGCUAUGACAGCGUCAUUACUCCUCCGUCCCCGCUGGAUUGACCCGGUGAUGUUCCUUUACGACAACGGUUUAGAUGAAGUGAACAAAAACAUGGAAGGAUUUGCAGGAGGCAACUUUGCCGCGAAUCAAUGCAGAAAUUUGAUGGCCCAUCCUGCUCCCCUGGCUCCUAGCACUGCUUACACGUCGAGUGAGGUGCCAGUUUCUGGCAUGGCUGAGCCUGUCAAGCAGUGCAGCCCCUGUUCUGCAGCCCAGAGCUCUUCCAGUGCCUCUCUUCCCUAUGGAUAUUUUGGCAGCGGCUACUACCCCUGUAGGAUGGCACACCACAGCAGCAUUAAGUCCUGCGCGCAACCCUCCACCUAUGGGGAGAAGUAUAUGGACACAUCAGGCUCUAGCGAAGAAUACAGUUCUCGAGCAAAGGAAUUUGCUUUUUAUCAGGGCUAUGCUACUAGUCCAUAUCAACCUGUCCCUAGCUAUAUAGAUGUGCCUGUGGUGCCCACCAUAAGCGGCCCCGGAGAACCGAGGCAUGAACCGUUGUUACCAAUGGAAAGUUACCAGCCAUGGGCAAUCAGCAAUGGGUGGAACGGUCAAGUGUACUGUUCUAAGGAACAAACCCAGCCGAGUCAUCUCUGGAAAUCAACAAUUCAAGAUGUUGUUUCACAUCCGGGAGAUGCCGGCUCUUUUCGACGUGGGAGAAAGAAAAGAGUUCCCUAUACAAAGGUACAGCUGAAAGAACUGGAGAGGGAGUAUGCGACCAAUAAAUUCAUUACCAAGGACAAGCGAAGAAGGAUAUCGGCUCAAACAAACCUGUCUGAAAGACAGGUCACAAUAUGGUUCCAGAACAGGAGAGUGAAAGAGAAGAAGGUUGUGCUGAAGAUCAAGAGUACUAGUUAGUGAUGACGGAAGCGCUGCGACCUCUCCGUGGAGCGAACUCAAUUUAUAUAUAU